CAAGAUUAAAGCAGAGCUGAUCGUUUCCCACUUGUUGGGUAAAACUUAAAUAUGAAGACAGUCAUUGUAGUGUUGUCUAUCCUGGGUCUUUGUCUCGGUGCUCCAGUGGAGCAUGAUAUCGAUAGGGAUAACGAGCAAGAAAUGGAUGAGGGUCAGCAAUUUGCUGGUUCUCCACUGGAUCAGACAGACCCCAUCACCAGGACUAUCUUCUACCCUGUUCCUAGAGCUGAUGGCUUCCUGGGAAACCAUUUAAUGAACCCUUUUAUGAACCCAUAUGGAUACUACCCUUAUUACCCGCAGUACCCACUGUACCCAGGUUACCCAAGUUACCCACACUACCCUGCCUAUUCAUUGCCACCUGUUAUAAUAAGCUUGCCUCAGAGAAAUCCCUGAAACUGGCUAAAUCAUAACUUCAAUUGCAUUAUGUAUCAAACAGACCAUUAAUGGUAUCAGUUUAUUAGACUUUAUACUUGUGUUACUUUCCCUAUUUCCUCAUAUUUUACUAUUGUUUCUUAUUAUAUUCACCUGCACCUGUUUGUUUUCUGCACUGUAUUUGCAAACACAUUUUCCUCAUCGCCUAUAUAAAAAAGGGAUAUUUAGAGCAAGAGAUAUCUGUGUCCUUAAGCCAGAUUAUUCAAACAAACACAUCUCUAUUUCCAAGAUGGUGGCAACCAGUGAGCAUAGCAAAGGCAGUGCAUGUGGAAUUUCUAUGUUGCACAAGUUGUACGAAUGUGCAAUAAUCAAUAAAUAUACCAUAGUAUGUUU